GGCAGAGGUUAGAGGUCGCAAGGAAUGUCCCCGCGCCCGCAUGCCAGAGGAAUCCGCUGCUUUCGCGGCCCUUCGGGGUAUGGGAGCGGUGCUGAGUACUGCGGUUCCCAGAAUUACACCCGCUCCUCGGACGCCAUCCCACUCCUUUUCCAAAAUACCCGAGGCCGUCGGAAAAACACGUAGAGGCGGACCCUUUCCGCUGCGGACGCACUUCCCUUCCCCGGCAGGAAGGGAGGUGGAGUGGUGAAGGUGGACGAUCCACGCAUGCGCCCUUCACCGGCGGCCCCUGGAGUGGAGUUGCCGGAUUCGCCGCCCCGCCCGCAGUGCGCCUGCGCGCUCGCCGAGUCCCUCCACCUCCGUUUCCCCUCCCCCUGUCCCCCGCGGGGGCUCUGAGUCCGGCGGGACCAUGUUCACCAGCACCGGCUCCAGUGGGCUUUACAAGGCACCUCUGUCCAAGAGCCUUCUACUGGUCCCCAGCGCCCUGUCCCUUUUGCUGGCCCUCCUCCUGCCGCAUUGUCAGAAGUUCUUUGUGUACGACCUCCAAGCAGUGAAGGAAGACUUCCAGAUCUGGAGGUUGAUAUGUGGAAGAAUAAUUUGCCUCGAUUUGAAAGAUACUUUCUGCAGUAGUCUGCUUAUUUAUAAUUUUAGAAUAUUUGAAAGAAGAUAUGGAAGCAGAAAAUUUGCAUCCUUUUUACUGGGUUCCUGGGUUUUGUCAGCCGUGGGUGACUUCAUCCUUGUUGAAGCUGUGUGGUAUUCAUUUGGUAUCACUGCAGCCAGGAAUUUGCCUUCUGGAUUCCUGGCACCUGUGUUUGCUCUGUUUGUACCAUUUUACUGCUCCAUCCCGAGAGUCCAAGUGGCACAUAUUCUGGGCCCGUUGUCCAUCACAAACAAGACACUGAUUUAUAUAUUGGGACUGCAGCUUUUCACCUCUGGUUCCUACAUCUGGAUUGUAGCCAUAAGUGGACUUAUUUCGGGUAUCUGCUACAGCAGUGACGUGUUCCAAGUUCGUCAGGUUCUCUACGUCCCCCGCUGGCUGGCAAAGUUCUGUUCCUGGGCCCUUGAGCCCAUCUUCUCAUCAUCAGAACCCACCAGUGAAGCCAGAAUCGGGAUGGGAGCCACGGUGGACAUCCAGAGACAGCAAAGGAUGGAGCUGCUUGAUCGGCAGCUGAUGCUGUCGCAGUUUGCACAAGUGAGGCGACAGAGGCAGCAGCAGGGAGGAAUGAUCAACUGGAACCGUCUUUUCCCUCCUUUACGCCAGCGACGGAACGUAAACUAUCAGGAUGGUCGGCGGUCUGAACAACCAGCAUCCCCUCCUCUAGAGGUUUCAGAGGAACAGGUUGCCCGGCUCAUGGAGAUGGGGUUUUCCAGAGGUGAUGCUUUGGAAGCCCUGAGAGCUUCAAAUAAUGACCUUAACGUGGCCACCAACUUCCUGCUGCAGCACUGACGGUCCCAGCGGACAGCACAGGGACUGGUCAAGCUGCUGACCACAGGGGGCGCUGUCCCUGCUCCCGGAUCAGCCCAAGGACCCAGCACUCUGGCGCACUGUUCUCGCUGUCCUCUUGGGCAAAGGGUACUCCCCGCUGCUCUCCCUUAAUUCCAAGAUCAUUACCAUUAAGUAUCAAAAAAUAAGUUUGCCAUUAAAGUAGCAUGUAUUUUCUAUCUGUAUUUUUUUAUGGGGUAUUUUCCUUGGUUUGGAGAAUCAUCACUUUGUUCCUAAUGUGUUUAAAAUGCAUUAAAGUGCAGAUUUCUGCAGGCAGUUGAAUAGCACUCCAGAUGGGAAACUACUGCUAUUGUAAUAUUCCUUUUACCAUAAUGCAUCUUCCUACAUUAUAUCUGAUCAUAAGUGUCAGAAAGGGGAAAGGGGAAUGUUAUUCAGAAAGGACCUGUCAAAUUUUCUUCCUGAUGGACUUUUUUUCAUUGCUUUUUUUUUUUUUCUCGAAUUUGCUUUCAAACCCCAGUGGCUAUUCAGGGUCCCCACUUCCUAGGGGUGAGCAGUUCAUAUCUGCUGCACACAGUGUUGGCCAGGCCCAGGUGAUGAGGGAGAAACAGGGAACUAAAUCCUCCUCUACUUGUUCCAGCCCCUUCCAGUCCAAGGGCUUUUCCCCAGCUACUCCACGCUUCCAUUGAAAAGUCAUCAUAAUUGGAUACCGAUUCGAGGUUCUGGAAUACUCUGAAACUUAACUGGAGUUAAUUGUGUUUAGAAUAUCCAGUUAGCCAUUCAGGCUGUAAGUAAAACUGGGACAAAGAGAAAGCAAAGAGAAGAGUGGGCUUCCAGGAGGAGUACGGGGCCUACGCAGAGGGGAGAACAGAAGGGUAAACACCUUGCCCGCCCCAGCUGCAGGGCCAGCCCCUCCGCAAGCAGAUUCCCCCUGGCCCCGGGCGUUAUCGGGAUGGCAGCGUGGGGCAGCGUCGACUGCAGAGGACCCCAUCAGGGAGAGGAGGUGGAGGUUGGAGUGGACAAACCUGAAAAGAUCUAAAGCAGGUGACUAUUAAGAUUUAAGGAAACUGUGCAACUAUUGUGUUCUGCAAAGCAAGCAGAAGUGUUUCAAUCUGAUGCAAAUUUAGACACGCGUGAUACUUACAAAAAAGUUUUUAAUGUGUUUUAUUUUACCUUUUGGUAUUUUUUAUUAGACUUACCUCAAUAAAACUGUUCUAGGCUGUACAAAACAAAAAA